AGUACAUUCAUCAAAUACAUGUGCUAUAACGGUAAUUUUCAUUAAAAAAUAGAUAAAACAAAUUGUGGACUACUAGCAGAAUGUAAACAGGUUAUAUACUCAAAUGCUGUAUGUUUAAUCGAAUGAAUAUUAUAAGAUAUAAAAUACGAAGGAAGGGAUAUAUUUAAUCAAAGGAAAAAAAAACUAUAAGACAAAAGAUUAUUAAAUACUGUGCAAUAUUAUACAGAAUUAGUAAAUCAUAAUAAUGGAAUGUUUGAUGGAAAAAAUUUCCAUUUUGCAAAGAAAAGCAUCUAAAAAACGGAUUUUGAUAACAGGAGAAUUCUAGAUAUGAAUUUAAAAAAAAUAGAUUUUGGAGUUAGUAUAUAGGUUAUACUUGUCGUUAUAGGAAUAGGGUUACCUACAUUACGUGCACUUGAGUUGUCAAUAAAAAGUAGUAAAUUUAUGCCAUUUAAGGGUUUCUGGAAUUUUAUAAGAGUAAUAUUUAAAGGUGUAUUAAGUAACGCAGAAUUAGAAUACUUUUUUGUACUGUCAUUUGUAAUACCUACUAUUGUAUUAGCAGCCAUAUUCAUAAUAGUGUUUCCUAAGAUAUUACGAAAUUCUCAAAAUAAAUAA